AUGGACGUGACAAGUUUCAAACGUAAGGUGUACAAUUUUUUGGAAAACGAAAAUGAGUACGCCUUCAAGGAUGACGACGAUAAGACGGAUGAAAUACAAUAUUUCGAAGAAGUAAAAGGGACAGCAAAAAAAAACUCCAGCAAUAUCAUCAGGCCAAAGAAAUAUGAUUUGUGCCAGAGCUUUGAAAAAACGAAAGGAUUUCUGGGUAUAGAAAUGUCAAGCAAAUAUGAUGUGUUUUGUUUUGCUUGUAAAUAUUAUUAUAAUAAUAAUUUUUUAGGAGAAAGGAAAAAGGAAGUAAGGGGAAAUCAAACAAUUCUUGGAGAAUAUUCAUUCAAAACGUAUGGUGAAAUAAAAAAUGAAAUAGAAAUUUUAGCAUCUGCAUUGUACCAGUUUGAACAUAUAGAACCCAAUUUCUUCGAAGAUAAUGGAGAAUAUGAAAGUUUUAAAAUUUUAGGUAUUUGGUCUAAAAAUAGGAUAGAAUGGUUAACUACAGACUAUGCUUGCUCAGCCAUUGACUUUGUCACCGUACCUAUAUACGACACUAUUGGCAUAAACUCUGUGAAAUACAUAUUUCAGAAGACGCAGAUGAAAAUUUGUUGCAUCGAAGCGGAGAAGUUGGAGACCCUCAUCAAAUUGAAGGAUGAACUAAUCGACCUACAAAUUUUAAUCAUAUACGAUGAAUGGAGUUUAAAGGACAAUAUUAAGCAGAAAGCCAGUAAGGCAGGCUACAAGGUGUAUUUUUAUAAAGACCUAAUUGAUAAAUAUAAGAACCAGAAUAUUAUCCCCCAGUAUGAUUUCUAUGACUAUGAUUUUCAUAAUAAGGAGAAAGGUCAAAAGGAUGUCAACAAAAGACAGGACUCGAAAAGCGGUGCAGGAGGUGAGAAGAAUAAUAAUAGUGCAAAUAGUGGAAGUAGGUGCAACGCGCUAAUGCAGAAAUUGAAGAGGAAUAAGGGCAAAGUGACUGAUGUGUGCACCAUUAUUUUUACCUCCGGAUCAUCUGGAAUGCCCAAAGGCGCUAUGUUGACACACAACACGUUCAUUACCUUUUUACAAAGCUACAUCAUCGACGGAAACAAACUAGGCCUGAUCAAACAUGACGUAGUGCUUAGCUACCUACCUCUAGCUCACGUCUACGAACGGCUAAUCGAAUUCGCUGUGUGUUUUUUUGGAGCCCAAAUAGGUUACUUCUCUGGAAACAUAAAAGAGUUAGUAAGUGAUAUAAACGAGUUAAAACCAACCUUCUUAAUCACAGUGCCAAGAAUUCUACAAAAGAUUCAUGAUAAUGUUAUGGAAGGGUUGAAGAACAAAUCCUUUAUAUCCAGAAGCUUAGUAAAGACAGCCCUCAAAAAUAAAAAAAACAUAUAUUUGAAAAAUCCAAAAAAGUUUAGCCACCCAAUUUAUGACAUCAUUUUACAACCAGUGAGGAACCGAUUCGGAGGCCGCAUAAGGACACAAGUUAUGGGUUCUGCAUCUAUGGAUAAAAAUAAAUUAAUCGAUUUGCAAAUGCUCUUUUCAGCACCUAUUGCGGAAGGAUGGGGAAUGACAGAAGUAGGCGUAGGAUUUUUACAACACAGAUAUGAUAGCACCAAAGGAACCAUCGGAGGAAUGUUCUCCAAUAUUUCCAUGAAAGUCGUUAAGGUAGAAAAUAUGAAGUAUGACCCAAAGGCUUACCCAAACAGAGGAGAAUUAUGUGUCAAAGGAAGUAGUCUAAUGGUAGGCUACUUUAGAGAUGAACAAUUAACACAAAAGUCUUUUGAUGAAGAUGGAUAUUUCUACACAGGAGAUGUUGUAGAAGUUAAUGAAAAUAAUGCAUAUGUUCGAAUCAUAGACAGAGCAAAAAAUAUAUUCAAAUUAGCUCAAGGAGAAUAUGUAGAGCCAGAAAAAUUGGAAAAUAUUUACACCAAUAGCAUAUACAUAGAAAAUAUUUUUGUCCAUGGGUAUAAUUAUGAAAAUGAAUUAGUAGCCAUUAUAGUACCUAACGAAAUUUUCGUUCGCGAUUAUGCAAAAAAAAAUAACCUGAAUAUGUCCUUCGAGGAGCUACUAAAAUGUGAUGCUAUUAAAAAGCUUGUCCAUAAUGAAAUAUUGACCAUGUCAAAAACGUAUAAUUUGAAUGGCAUUGAGAAAAUUCACUUAUUCCAUUUGACGCCUAUUCCUUUUUCGGUGGAAAAUAAACAACUCACCCCUACUCAUAAAGUGGUUAGGAACACCAUUUUCGCUGAUUAUAAAAAGAUCAUUGAUGAUUUGUACAAGUCGAGGAAGAAGUAA